AUGAGCAUACGCAAUUAUAUUUCAACGUUUCUGCUGCUUUCAUGGAAGAACCACAAGACGCAAUGGAAUCAACCCAUCGAACUUUUGUGGUUAAUACUAUCACCGGUUUUGCUGGUGCUCAUUGCAGCGGGCUUGCGAAUUUUCACCGAUGUAAAGGAGCGUGUGAACACAUAUUACGAUCCGGUGGAUCUGAAUCAAAGCUGGUCGGACUUAAUGGAUACGCUGCAGGAGCGUCAGAAUAUUGCGCGUCAACUGAAUCGCACUAGUAAUGUAUUUAUGCCGGAGUUGACCAUGGCCUGGGCACCCAAUGAUUAUAACAUAUUUGCCAAGAUUAUGGAAAUUGCGAUGAGAGAGCUGUAUACGCUUACUUUGCGUAAUUUCAGCGAUUGCACGGACAUGGAGCAGGCAAUGCAAAAGGAUUUUCUAUUCGCCGGCAUUUGUUUUGAGCAUGGACAGUAUGAGAAGACCUAUACAUUUAAGCAGGAUCAAUUAGCGCCAGAUGAAAUGAUAUUGCCGCAAUUGAAUUACACAAUUGUAUUUCCCAGCGAGCUGCGCAUAUUCGAGUAUACAUUCAUUGGUGAUAGCUGGAAGACUAUUUACCAGGAGGAUCCAAAGACAUCCAUAAUACGUCGGCUCAAUCAGCCGCAUCGCGAUGGCUAUGUCUACUAUGUACGCGAGGGUUUUAUGAGGGUGCAAAAGGCUAUAACCGAAAGUUUCCUCAAAGUUGUAGCCACAGCGCCCAUACCAGAGAUAGUGCUGCGACGCUUUCCCGUUAUCGGACGCAAACAUGAUCCAUUGAUGAACUAUCUGAAUCGUGCACUACCGCUGCUCAUUAUAAUUGGCUUUCUAUUUCCAGCACAAAUACUUGUUUGGCAAGUCGUUAAAGAAAAACAGCAGCAGCUGCGUCUUUAUCUGAUCAAUAUGAAUAUUGGCAAUAUUUUACAUUUCUCGGCGUGGUACUGCAAGUGCUUGGUCUAUAUGCUAAUCAGCUCUAUAUUGGUAGUUGCUGUUAUUAAGAUAGAAUGGAAGGAUUCGCAUGGCGUACUCACCCAAACACCAUGGUUUAUUGUGCUGGGUGUCAUGUGUAUGUACAGCGUGGCAGCCACUAGCUUCUGUUUGAUGGUGGCCUCGUUCUUCAAGAACUGCUCCUUGGCCAUACGAGUGAUAACCAUACUCUGGCUGCUGACCUAUUUGCCAUUCUUUGUGCUGUGGAAUAAUCAGGAGAAAGCUGUAGUCAUCAUACGUUAUUUGGCGUGUGCGUUUCCCAAUACGGUGCUGGCACUUGUAUUUGAGGUUAUGAUUGAGCGUGAGGUUAUCUUUGAGAAGGGCUGGGUCGAUCAGGGUUAUUCACUGAACUAUGCUGCCAGUCGCAUCAAUGUCUACUUGGCCACAUGCAUAUUUCUGGGGAUUUCGGUUGUAUAUAGCGCCAUUGGCAUUUAUAUGGAUGUAUGGAAUACUGGCGAGCUGGGCGGCAGGCGUCGCAAAACUGUUUCGGCACCAGCGCAUAGCGGUGAUUAUACAUAUCAAGAUCGCAUGGAUAGCUUUAUGCCACAAUCAUCGCAGAGCGCUGGCGCCAAGCCGACAAAGAUCUAUGAGGUGGAGCCAUCGCAUCGACAUUUCAAGAUUAAAAUUAAGAAACUCUGCAAACGCUAUGCGGCCAAUAGUCGUGGUGCGCUAAACAGCUUUACCUGGAAUGUCUAUGAGAACGAGGUAACUGUGCUGAUGGGUCACAAUGGCUGUGGCAAGACGACGUUGCUCAAAAUUCUGGCUGGUCUGCUGGAGCCUUCACGUGGGCUGGUUAACAUAGCCAAUUAUAAUAUACAAACUGAACGACAUGAUGCCUCCAUGCAAAUGGGACUGGCGUUAAAUGAUGAUUUGCUCUUUUCCGAUUUUACAGUAGCCGAUCAGAUACGCUUCAUAUGCAUAGUCAAGGGCUGCAGCUGGUCCAUGUCCAAGGAGGAAGUUGAGCUAUAUACCGAACUAUUGCAAAUCUCACAUCUGCGAAGCACCAAAGUUUACAAGCUGAGCGCACAGGAGCGCACAUUACUUUGCAUUUGCUGUGCCUUUGCUGGCGGCAGUCCCAUUAUACUGAUUGAUGAUCUGCAGCCGGAUCUGGACUUGGCCUCGCAGGCGAACAUAGCGAAGCUUAUCAAUGAGGAGAAAACCAGGCGCACUAUAAUACUCGUUUCGAACAGCACCGACAUGGCGAAUUCGAUGGCAGAUCGUUUGGCCAUUAUGUGUAAUGGUGAACUGAAGUGUACGGGCACCAAACCCUUUUUGCGUAAUAUGUACGGUCAUGGAUUUCGACUGACCUGCAUCAAAGGCAAAAGCUGUGAUAUUCUGGAGCUUUAUAAUCUAAUGAAACUGCAUAUACCCAAUCUAACGGUGGAAAGUGAUAUAGGCUAUAAGAUAACAUUUAUACUUGAAACCAAAUACGAGGAACAGUUUCCACAGCUGUUCGACGCCUUGGAGGAUAAUAUGCUCAAUUUGGAUAUCAUUAGUUUUCGUUUGCGUGAUACAUCGUUGGAUGAAAUCUUUUUGCGCUUUGGCAGCGAGGACGCUGAUCAGAUUAUUGAGCCGACCGUAUUAAUCGAUGAUUUUCGCGCAGUGCUGGAGGAAUCCGAUAGUUAUGCACGUGCUGAGGGCAAACCGCUAAUGGGCAUGCGGCUGCGUGCGCUGCUCUAUAUGUACUGGAUAUUCAAUAAACGUCAGCUGCCCAUCAAAAUUGUUAACGUUGUGGCGCUGCUAAUGGCAACGCUGUGCACCUUUGCAGCGCUGCUGCUCUAUGGCAAGAAUUAUCAGCUGGUGCCCAUAUCGUUUAAUCUAACACAGCUGCAUCAUAUCUAUGCGUUCGUUGAGCCCAUGGCGGAUAAUCCGACAGUAAAAGAAAUGGAGCAAUUCUAUAAGGAGCUGCUAUUCUGGUACGAUGGACGUGUGCAGGAAUUGAAAAGCGAUGAAAUCAGCGAUUAUUAUUUGCUGGAACAGAACGAUUUCAGUCGCGUGUUAAAUUUUCGUUACAUGUUUGGCGCCUCAAUAGGCGAUAAGGAAAUUACUACGUGGUAUAAUAAUAUACCGCUGCAUGCGCCGCCAUUUAGUCUUAACUUGGUGCACAAUAUGGUGGCAAGACGUUUCUUUAACGAGGAGGCAUCCAUUGAUGUAACGCUGCGUCCGCUGCCAUUUCAAUCGCGUGGCAAUUCAUUUCCGCAAUCACCGCUGGGUCUGGGCAGUCUAUUUGCCAUUAAUCUGUCGUUUGUGUUUAGCAAUGUGUGGCCUGGACCGAUUAUCAAUAGCGUUAGCCAGCGUGCGUUUAAGAAGCAACAAUUUUUGGCGGGCGUAGGACUCUAUACCUAUUGCAUAGCUACAGCGCUGUUUGAUUUUCUGCGCGUUAUACUCAUUAGCUUAUUUCUGGUGCUAUUGACAAGCAUCUAUUUGAAUCCAAGACACGAUGUGAGCUUUUAUGUUGCACUGCUGCUGGUGCUGAUUAUAUCGGGCUAUUCAAUUGUAGCGCUCGCUUAUUUUCUUAGCGCUUUCUUCAAGGCGCCACAUUAUGCGUUUAUAGUGAUUUGUUUUCUUAGCGCUUUGGGCAUUAUUGUUUUCACUAUAACAGUGGGUGAUAAGCUGUCCGAUAUGAAUUAUGUGUAUCAAGUAUUUACGCAAUAUAGUUUUGGCAAAAUUGUGUUCAAGCUUUUCUACAUAUAUGAGUACAAAUAUAUGUGCAAGGACAGCAAUAUUGCAUUCGUUUCGAAGGAUGUGGAGCAAUGCAAAAGUACGCCGGACUGCUGCCAAAACUACGAUUACUGGGACACGGAUUUGGGUGUUGGCUUGGAUUUUAUUAUAAUGCUGCUGCUUGUAAUUUUGCCGCUUGCGCUGUUUUUGCUGCAGCAGCAUUAUACGCUGCUAAGCUGCGUUUGCUUGCAGCGCCGCCGCAAGCAGCGUGAACAGCGUACACAAGCUGAGGCUGCUGGCGCAUAUAUGCUGGAUGAUUCAGUUAUAGCUGAGCGACAGCGCAUUGCGCAAAUGCAGCCGCAGCAGCGCGCCAAUUAUGCAGUUAUAUGCCAAAAUGUAGGCAAACGUUUUAACAAAAAGCAGCAGCAGCUGCUGCUGCGCAUAGAUUUGUGCAUAGCAAACUCCGAAUGUGUGGGACUAAUGGGCUAUAAUAAUUCAGGCAAGACAACGCUGCUGCGUCUGCUCAUUGGUGAGCUGCGCGCUACACAUGGACGCAUUUGGAUUGGUGGCUACAGCAUGGAAACGCAGCGUUCCAAGUGUUAUCCUUUGAUGGGCUACUGCGCGCAGCAUGAGCGUUUGCCUGAUGAGCUAACGCCGCGCGAGCUGCUCAAUAUACACGCGCUGCUGCGCGGCUAUGCGCAGCCCAUAAGUUUGCUUAUAUGCGAGGGUUUGGCACGCGUGCUUGGCUUUUAUAAUUGCUAUCGCCAGCUGCUGCGUCUGUGCACCUCCGGACAGCGUCGACGCAUUGCGUUUGCGCUUGCGCUGCUGGGCGAGCCGACACUUAUAUGCAUCGAUGGUCCGCCCGGCGGCAUUGAUCCCAAUGGCAGGCGCAUACUCUUUGGCAUUACUGCGUUUAUGCAGGAGCGUGGCUGCGCCUUUAUCUACACCAAUUUGUCGGGUUUGGACUGCGAGCGCUUGUGCCAGCGCAAUCCGGUGCUGUUCGAAGGACAACUCUGGACUAUUGGCACACAGGAGCAGCGCUAUAGACGCGGCUAUUUGCUUGAAAUACGCUUCAAGAGCAAAGUGAACGCAGAUGUUACCACCGCACGCGCCACCUGGGAGCAAAUCAAUCAGUUUCCCAUGUCGCCACACAACAAAUGCAAUCUGUUCAUGCAGGUUAAAUUUCCAGAUGCUAAGCUACAAGUGCAGCAAGCUGACUAUAUAUCAUUUUAUAUACCCAGACGCGCUACGCGCUUCUCGGAAAUAUUUCAAAUCAUACGCAAGGACGCUUUUGAGCUAAACAUUGAGGACUUUUUUAUAACGCGCAAUAUUGUCACUGGCAUACACAUGGAUUUGUUUGAUCGCACUGCACUCAAAAGUGUAUCGCACACUUCGAUCAUUUAAAUUGUUUAGUUCAUUUAUUAUAUAUCGCUAUAUAUAAAAUACAAAAGUGAUUAAUAAAUUGCCAGAGCUCAACA